UAUAGUUAAAAAUAGCCAGGUUUAUCUGAAUACCUUUUUUUUCCCUAGGUCACCUGUUGAGAAGGUGCAAAUUGCAUAAAUGAUUUCAAGCUGAGUUCGUAACGCACACGCGCGCACGCUCAACGUGGGUCUUUAGUGUGGAGUGUCUCCAUCUGUGUGUGCACUCUGGUGAUGCGCGCGCGCGCGUGUUUUUUAUUUUUUAUUUUUUCUCAGGCUGGCAUACUCCGAAGUCUGCCAGCGGACGCUUGCAGUGGCAUACCGUGACAGUGCAGCUUUACCGGAGUGGAGUCGAUUGAAAGUCGAGCCCAUCCAUCCGUCCAUCCACGCGUUGCCGGGGAAACAGAUGGGCACGUUCCCGCUCGGACCUGUUGUUCAUAGGAUCAUCAACCUCAGCGUUUCGGCAAAGCCACGGGAAUAAGUGAGUUUCUCCUGGAUUGGAUCACGUUUGGAGCAUCAAUCGUGCGCUGCGCGUCUCCGUCGCUCAUCAGAUGAUGCUGCUGCGUGUUCACGGGUCCUCCUCCGGUACCACCGGCAUUACUCACGCACCGGCGGAGUGAGAACAGCUGAAGAUGAUCCUCAGAUGAACAGGUCGGGGAAACUUUUUCUGGAAGAUGUUCGGGGCAGUUUGGAUAUCUGAUGGCCACAACGAUGAGUUUGUUUAACCGCAGCGAAAAGGAAAUUUAACAGGUGCGUAAUUGAAACUCGAGCAUGAAUCCCAGUAGCUUCUGGCGCCUUCUCCAGUUCGGAAGCUCUUUGGAGAUCACGCGGGGAGCGCGCUAGUUGAUGGCACUGCGCGCCGGGAGGACUUUGCUGUGGUUCGGGCGGGUUUUGCGCAGAGUUUCGCGGCUGCAGGGCUUGUGGUCCCGGCGCUCCAGCAGUCUGCUGUGUCUCUCCACCAGCCAGGACCACGAUCAAGGGACCUGUUACAACCGCAACCGGUGUCCGAAGACGCAGCAGCAGCAACAGCAGCACUGCCUAUAUCCGCCCUUUCCAGACUGCUGCUGCGCCUUCCCGGGGGAUAAGAGGGGACAUGAACCCCUCAGCCGCCGGUUCCUGGUGGCCAUGAAGAGGCAGAACGUGCGGACGCUGUCCCUGAUCGUCUGCACGUUCACCUACCUGCUGGUCGGGGCCGCGGUGUUUGACGCGCUCGAGUCGGACUACGAGAUGCGGGAGAAGGAGCAGCUGGAGGCUGAGGAGAAGCGCCUCCAGGGCAAGUACAACAUCAGUGAGGAUGACUAUAAAAAACUGGAGACCAUCAUCAUGGAGGCCGAGCCGCACAGAGCAGGGGUCCAGUGGAAAUUUGCAGGGUCCUUUUACUUUGCCAUCACUGUCAUAACCACUAUUGGUUAUGGCCACGCGGCUCCAGGCACAGAUGCUGGAAAGGCGUUCUGCAUGUUUUACGCAGUGCUUGGGAUCCCUCUGACGCUGGUGAUGUUCCAAAGCCUUGGCGAGAGGAUGAACACCUUUGUGAAGUACAUGCUGAAGCGCAUCAAAAAGUGCUGCGGGAUGCGCAUCACGGAAGUCUCCAUGGAGAACAUGGUGACUGUGGGCUUCUUCUCCUGCAUGGGAACGCUCUGCAUUGGCGCAGCAGCUUUUUCCCACUACGAGGACUGGAGUUUCUUUCAGUCCUAUUACUAUUGUUUCAUAACGCUCACCACCAUCGGGUUCGGGGACUUUGUGGCCCUGCAGAAGAACAAAGCUUUGCAGAGAAAGCCCCUCUAUGUGGCGUUCAGCUUCAUGUACAUCCUAGUGGGGCUGACGGUCAUCGGGGCCUUUCUCAACCUGGUGGUCCUUCGCUUCCUGACCAUGAACAGCGAGGAUGAGCGGCGGGAUGCCGAGGAGAGGGCUUCCUUGGCGGGGAACCGCAGUAGCAUGAUCAUACACAUCCAGGAGGACACACUGCAGAGGAGUCGACGGAGACGAGAACAGCAGCAGCAGCGCUACAGAUCCGAGGUCACCGAUCUCCAGUCCGUCUGCUCCUGCAUGCACUACCAUUCGCACGAGUUCGGGAGCUCGGUCGGCCUCGGGUUGGGAAUUGGAGGAGGAAGCAGUGGCGGCGCAUUUCCACACCAGAACUCAUUCGGCUCCCAGUUGAGCCCACAUCAGUACCAUCACUACCACUCGACGGUGUCCUACCGCAUAGAGGAGAUCUCGCCAAGCACGCUGAAAAACAGCAUCCUUCCCUCCCCCAUCAGCUCCGUCUCGCCCGGGCUUCACAGCUUCACGGAAAACCUCCGGCUGAUGAGACGACGCAAGUCCAUCUGAGAACCGACAGCAACCGCUGAACACACAUAUCCAAUGCUGCUGCUCUACCAAACCUCAUUACGCCACUUUUCUCGUCAUUUUCUGGCUGAUUUCGGACCAGCAGGACAUUUGAUCGCUCGGUGGAUAUAUUGGAACUUUGUUUAAAAGCAUGAAGCAUGGAUAUCUAUUUUUGCAGGAAACGCCUGGGCCUUCUUCGUCCUUUUGAGCAGCACCCAAGUGGAUUUGGAUAUAAUACUACCAUCCUGAUAUCUUGUCAGAUGAUGCACACUUGCAUUUUGAAUAAUACAGAAGGAAAUAGAUAUAUAUAAUUUUUUAAGGGACAUAUGAUAAUGUGUGUUUUAUCAAACAGUGAGCAACCUCUGGUUCUUUCUUGAGAUUCAAGUGCCACACCACCGAAGGAGAAAAUAACGAUAAAACUGAUUUGAAAAGGACUACGCAGUAUCAGGUAUUGUUUUCUAUAAGCAAUUCUAUUUAAGAAAAAUUGACAUUGAUACACAUCAUGCCAAAAUAUUGUUGCCAACCAUAGCAUGUGCAUUAGUUGCCGUUUGAUGUGCGUCAUUGUUUCCGUUAGCCUUUUUGUUUUUCGUUUCUGUUCGUUUCAAUUCGAUCGAAGGUUUUCUGUAAAUUAUACAUGUAUGUAGAGACUUUCCAAGUGUGUUAUAUUUUGAGGUGACAGAUGAGUGACAGCAAAAGUCGGUUGUGAGAGGAAAAUAAUUGCAUGUGCUUUGUUUAAACUGGUAUGCGUUUACUGUAAUGAGGCAAAGCGAUAGCACUGGAUCCAAUAUUAAAAGCAAAUAAUCCUUUAAAAAGUGUUUUUUUUUUUAGUUAUUUUUUUUAUGAAAGUCGAACUACAUAUCCACUAAAACAGGGCCUCACAAAUGGGAACGUAAAGGCAAUGCGGAUGAUUGUUAUUCAUUGUUAUUUUAUAUAAACAACAGCACGACUAUUAUUCCAUUGUGAACAAUCAGUGUAUAAUGUAUGCUAACCCUAGCAAUGAUUGCUUUAUUCUCGCCAAUAACCAUGGCAUUUAUUUGAAUGAGACUUAUUUAAAUGCAUCAAUAAAGACAGUUAUUUAUGUAUUUUACAUUUUAAUGAUGUCUUCAGAGAAUGCCCUGCAAAUGAGAUGGUACAUCAUAGGCAUAAAAAUUGCUCUGAUGUUGAUUGAAAAACAUAGUGCACCUCUAUUAGGAACAGUCUGGAUGUACUCAACAGUUCUCAUUCUCUGCUUGCGGUAGGGUGUUUUUUUUUUUUUUUUUUUACUAACCAAAUUGCAUCUCUGAUAUAACCGCAAUCAUGUCACUUUUUGGUUUCAAACUAAACCUUUUCAACUCUUUUACUAGGUCUUACUGUAUCCUGGAUGUGAUAUCUGAGUAUCUGUGUUACAGUUAGGAUCAUCCAAUAAACCAGAGUUGGAGUCAAGAACAGACUCUACAAGGUAUAGACCAAGACUUGACGCUCUGAGGCCCAGAACCACACUAAUACCUGUCCAAGUAAACAUCCAACUAAAAUAGAAAAAAAGCUGAAUUUAUUGCAGCGUACACAUUGUGCAGUGGCUAAAUAGCCAUUCAAAGCUAUAGAAGUGUUAAUGUUCUGUUAUCAAUAAGGCACCUUGUUGAAAGUGGCUAUAGUCUUUGGUAUGUACAUGUAAGUUGACUCAUUAGUCUCUAAACACAGAUGAAAUCUGGAUCUAGAUGGAGCAAUGCAACAUUUAUGUGGUCUGGAGUGGUCUUCAAGACUCCAACUCUGAUAAUAACGAACCAAUAAAAUAACAUUGCAAAUAACAGU